AUGGCAUACCUCGGCAGACCUUCAGGAGGGGACUCACCGUUCGCAAUCGGAGAUCGAGCAAUGAGAGAUACAUCAUCACCUCAGCCUCCUUCUCAGAGGAAUCCUACACCUAGACAACAGCAGAACAUGCCACCUCCAGGGGGGUUCAUGGCUACACCAUCUCCGUACGGUUCAGCGAGUGAUGAAGCGAGGAGGAGGUACGAGGAGAGAUACGCUAAGAAGAGAGCAGAGGAAGCUGCAAAAGCUCAAGCUGAAGCUAAUCCUCCCCCUCCCCCUCCCCCUCAACAACAACAACAGCAAUAUCAUCAACCUCCUCCUCCCCAACAACAGCAACAGCAAUACCAUCAACCACCUCCGCAGAACCACCGUCCACCCAGUUCAGGAGGAUACAACCAACAACAAGGGGGAUAUAAUGGUCCACCACCUCCCCGACAACAGUACACUUCCCCACCACCCCCACCUCAACAACAGGGCGGGUUUGAUCCUCGUCAACAACAACAAUUCCACCAACAGCAAGGUGGACCACCUGGUCAAGGUCAAGGUGGAUAUGGUCAAAGACCCAAUUCCAUGGGUCGUCCUCCACAGGGAUAUCAACAACAACAGCAACAACAAGGUCCACCACCUCAACAACAACAGAGAUGGAGUCAGAACCAAUAUAAUCAACCACCACCUCCGCAACAGCAACAACAACAACAAUGGCAACAAUCGCAAAGUCCACCUCCCCCACCUCCACAGCAACAGCAACAGCAAGGUGCGGAUGAUGCUGAGCUGCAGAGAAUGUUCUCUCAAUUCGACUCGUCCCGAACAGGUGAUCUGAGUGCAUAUGACCUGCAAAGAUUGUUAGCGAAAGAUACGAUGAUGGAUGCCAGGGAGGAUGCGGUCAAGAUGCUAAUGAACAUCUUCGAUACUGAUAAAUCCGGUACCAUCAACUUUAUGGAAUUCGAGGGAUUGUACAGGUACAUUCAGGAUUGGCACGGUAUCUUCCGUCGAUUCGAUCGUGACAACUCCGGCUUAAUCGAUCGUAAAGAAUUGCACAACGCCCUCUUAGGAUUUGGAUUCUCCCUACCCAAAGAGAUGGUCAUCUUACUAGAGAAGAGAUUCGCACCUCCACCUACGUCUAUCAACAGCCAGCAAAAUAAGGGAAUAAGUUUCGAUAGGUUCUUGAUGGCUUGUGUGACUGUUAAACAUUAUACAGAAGGGUUCAGGAGACUCGAUACGAAUGGUCAAGGUCAUAUAACAAUAGAUUACAAUCAAUUUAUGGAGUUGGUCCUUGAUGCUCCUAGUUAG